CAUACCAACAAAUAACAUUCCAUGGUGGAGUUCUGAACUCAAAACGACUCCAAUGAGCCGUUUCUCCAUCUACCUACAUACAUGAUAUUACAAGUUACAACCUAUACGACCAAGAGCUUGAUAAUAUUGGCCGUCCUGAUUGGUCGUCAAGCGUACCAUUGCAACGACGGAGGCACCCAGUCCGCGCCCAAGGCGGAAAUCCACGCGAACUAAUCCAGCAACCUCUUAAACCCCAUCAUAGCUCAACGCCGCGCCGCGAUCAUUGGAGCAAGCCGAAUAGACAUAUAACUCUUUAUUAUUUCUUCUUUAAAAAACAGAAGAAAGAAGGUAGUUAACGAGGCCAAGUAGUAGAGCUUGAGCACAAUCUUCUCAAUUACAUCAUCCUCAAGAAGGCCCCGCCCGAUCUCGCACAUGCGCCCCGCUCGAAGGAGCGUAUCGGCUCGGGUGCUCAGGUCACACUUACCUAUCGCCAGAUAUGCCGCUCCUAUCUCGAGGCGCGGAGGAUAAUAAAAAGAAAGUGAAAUAGAGAGAUAGAGAGGAAAAGAAAGAUAGAGGGUUUUUGAUCUUUGUUUCUGUCUUUCUGUUUCUGUCUGUCUUCGUUCUGCUGUUGAUCGUCCAUGGCGCCGCAGACACCAGAGAACGGGGCGACGCCCCCGUUCCCUCUCAAGCAGCUUGUCAUUCUUGCAAUAUGCCGCUUCUCAGAGCCCAUCGCGUUCAACUCCAUCUUGGCGUAUACGUACGUGAUGGUGGAAGAUUUGAACGGCGGCGAGAACAAAGACACGGCGUUCUACGCCGGACUUCUCGUGUCGGCCUACGCCGUGGCAGAGGCCCUGACGGCUAUCGGCUGGGGCGCAUUAUCUGAUCGCUACGGUCGGAAGCCUGUCGUGCUGUUCGGGCUCGGCGGAGUUGCUAUUUCGAGCUUGAUCUUUGGACUUGCUAAGAACUACUGGGUCGCACUUCUUGCGAGGUUCAUUGGUGGAGCAUUGAACGGCAACGUUGCGGUGAUGCAAACCAUGGUGGCCGAGAUGGUCAAAGUGCCUGAGCAUGAGCCCGCGGCAUAUGCCUCACAGCCAUUCGUCUGGACACUAGGGGGCAUCUUCGGGUCAGCAAUGGGGGGUUUCCUCGCCCAGCCCGCAAGAUUCUACCCCUCGCUGUUUCCAGCCGACGGGAUCUUUGGCCGAUACCCGUAUCUCCUGCCAAACCUGGUCUCAGUCGUCAUCAUCGUGCUCGCGAUUGCCCAAGGCAUGCUCUUUCUCGAGGAGACGAACCCGCGGGGCACAUUCUUCGCAGGCAGCGCAAAAGAAGCUGCCGAGGGCGACGUUGCGGUCAUCGAAGAGGACGAAAGCAGGACAGACGAGAGAACGCACUUGAUUCCUGGUCGACGGCCGCAACACCCCCGCAUCUCAGCCGUCAGCGAGCGUCCCGCUAUCCUCGAAGAAGGUCUCCCUGUGGCAGUCGAGCAGAGCUUCGAUCUGCGUCGCACCUCGUUCGGCACGGUCCAUUCGAUCCAGUUCACUCCCGAGGCCCAAGCCAAUUCUGCUGCUGCCCCGCCGACGAUAAUAGAGGAAUACACUGGUCCCGUGUUCAAUUUCACCAUCAUCAUGCUCACCGUCGCGCUGGUAUUGGUCUCCUACCACCAGAUGGCGUUCGCGACGCUUCUCCCGACACACCUCCUCGACCGCCCGGCCGCGCCACCCGGACAUCUCGACUUGAUCGGCGGGCUGGGCUACACGGUGCACGACGUCGGGAUCUACCUAGCCGUUAACGGCGUCCUGGGGUUACUCAUUCAAGGUUUGAUCUUCCCUAUCUUCGUCGAUCGUGUCGGCGUGUGGCACUCUUUCAUCUGGAUGAUCAUACUCUAUCCCACAUGCUACGUCGUCAUGCCCUUCCUCGCGGCCUUCCCCACGCCCCUGCAGUCACCAGGCAUCUAUCUCGCCAUGGUCCUGCAGAGUUUCUUCGGCAUCAUCGUGAUACCUACUGCCCUCAUCCUACUGAAGAACGCGACGCCGAGUUCCACGAUCUUGGGUCGCGUCAACGGGCUCGCCAUGUCCGGAUGUUGUUUUGCCAGGACGGUUUCGCCGCCGGUGGUCGGCAUUAUUUAUGCCGCCGGCGGCUCGGCUGCUGCUUGGUUUAGCUGCGCUGGCGUGGCCGUCCUCGGAAUAUUGCAGCUUGUCUGGGUGCCUAGGGAGCAUGUGCACGAUGUUAUCGUGGACAGCGCCAUACUGAAGAUAAACCACUCAGAGGACAGAAAUAGGGGUGGUGAGCAUGAUGCUAGGGAACAGGGUUUUCAUGACAUUUGAGGGAUUUUUUGCUGCUUCAGGGGCUUCGACAGGCUUCGACGCGAUGGCAUAAACGCAUAGGAAAAUAAUAUCCUUUCUACUAGGAGGUUUGUAGGGUGGCGCCACGGGUUAUGAGCGUGAUAGACACAUAUCGCUUUAGUCACUAGAUUUGGCGCAUGGAUGUAAUGAUCAGAAAUCCGGCAUGAUGAGUAAUGGCCUUGAAAAGGCCGGGUA